GCGCGUCGAUCGCACGGCGGAUACAGUUAGCGGUUGUUCGAAGGCGCGGCGGCGCGCCGUGGUACAGUCGUCGCGAAGCGAGAGGUGUACGGUGAACGUCUGACUGCCGACGUGACUCUCGGUAGUGCUGGAUAGUGCGGAGUUGGGUGAGCGAACGAGCAAACGAGGCGGUUGGCCAGUGCGCGAGGCACGACCGCGUGAUGCGAAUGUUCCCUCGCAGCGCGCCGCGUGUCGCCAAAGCGUCGUCGUAGUGGUCGUCGCGACGAAAGUGCAACGGCGACCAAUAGAGAGUCGGCGAGCGCCGCGAUUCCGUCGUACGGGCAGCAAAAGGAGGCCCAGACAAUCUCAAAAUGUGGAGCCCGACGCACGUUCAGGUGACAGUUCAGAAGGCCAAGGACUUGCUGACUAAAGGAAAACACAAGACCAACGAUUGCUUCGUGACGAUCGCACUCGGCAAGGAAAAGUACCAGACGUCGGUGAAAGAAAAGGCUACCAAGGACGUGGAAUGGCACGAGGAAUGCGAGCUGAUGAUCCCGGAGCAGGGAAAUACCGCGGAAAUCGUCCUCACCGCUCUGCACCGUAACUUCCUGGGUGUCGACGAGUUUCUCGGCACCGUCAACAUACCACUCUCCAGCUUUGACGUGUACGAGAGGCCCAAGAAUCGAUGGUACACUCUUAACAGCAAGCCAGGCAAAGAGAACACGAAAGAGAGAGGCGCGCUUGAAGUGAAGAUCGGCUUUAUUGUAAAGGCUGGAAGUCUAACCGACCUAAGUAAAAAGGAACGUCACAAAAGCUCCUUGGGACAAUUGUCCACAGCCGCACAGUCAAUCGGCGGCAGCUUGCUUAGUAUCGGCAGCCUUGAGAAACGCAAGGGCCUCAAAAAAUUAGCCAAGUCCAUCGGGAACAAAGUCAAAGGUAAGAGCAAGAAUCGACUCGAUGGAAAUAAUCUGGACGAGAAGGAUGAGCGUGAAUUCAAAAUCACGCGACAGGAACCGGGUGAAGCUGAUCCCGGAGUUAUCAGCGAGGAUGAAGAUGAAUUCACGUUUGACGAUCUAUCUCACAAAAGCUCAGCCUCGUCGCUGAACGCACCCGUGCACUCGGGUGUUAACAGCGGUAAUACAAAUGGCAUCUCGAAUGGCUCGCAGAGCAAUGUCUUCAGUGAGAUACACACGCCUCCAGCGCCAAUUAACGCUGCUCCAAGCAAACCGCCACGAUUUGCCAUGAGCGCGUCUGCUACGAAUCUGUCGAAGGCCGACAAUUUGACGAAAGACGAUGAGUGGGGUUUGAAGCUCUAUGGCAAGCAGGCGAGCAACGUGCCUAAAAGAUGGGGAAGCAAGCCUAAAAUCGUAGUGGACGAGCCGCAGGAUAACAAGCGCGACGUAUCGCCUAUUCGUUCAUCAUCUCCGAUCACAUCGAGAUUGAAAGAUCUUCCGGAGCCGCCCAGUCCGGCACCGAGAGAAAUUCUUCAUCCGAGGAAUAAGGAUGAGAAACUUGCCGCGAGUAAAGAAAAGCUCAUAAAAGAAGAUAAGCUGAAGGAUAAGAAGGACGAUAAAUACGAUCUACGAAGUCUCAAAGAGGAAAAACACGCGAAGAAAGACAAGAAAAAGGAGAGUAAAUUCAGAGAUGCCAACGAUGAGAACCAUUUGUCUUCCGAAAGGAUCAUCAUCGGCGGCGAGGACGCCGUUAAGAAUGCUGCGAAUUCCAAGAGUCGCUUGCCGCACGAGGUCCUUAAUCAAUUCGAGGGAAAAUCGAGAGAAGAUCUAAUAGAACUGGCCUUGCAACUGCAAACACAAGUCAUGGAGAAGAACAAAAGACUCAGCGAUCUAGAAGAUUAUAUCGAUGCAUUGCUGUUACGCGUAAUUGAAUGUUCUCCACGAUUACUUCAGAAUCCGUAUCAAAGGCGAUUGUCAUCCCCCGGAAAUCAGUAGAUCGAUAAGAAUCGUGACGAUGAAGCUAAUCUUCACUUGGGGAUUAUUCGCUUUUAAUGCCUCAGUGAUACUUAUAUGUAGACAUGACUGACGAGUCGCAAGUGGCUAUUUGUUAUUAACAUUGCUCUAUAUUUUAAUUUAUUUUCUUUUACGCAUUAUAACCUGAAGAAAAAGAUAUAACGUUCUCGCAAUAGCGUUACGAAAUUUAUUUUUCCGUAUUUAUUUAUAAAUCCCGCGAGAAUAGUUAUAGGAUAUCCAAGUGAUAAUAAGUAAUAUAUUCACUUAUUAUCAAGAGCCAGUUUAUUAAUGAUACGAACAAAGAAUAUGGUGUGGAUACCGGUUGAAAAUGGUUUGCAUUUCACGUAAUUCCCCGUCUUCCUAGUAAACAUAAAACCGAAAGUUGAAGUUCAAAAAUUCGUGUUCGUUUGCGAUUGAUUUCCGUCCAAUGACAUUUGCAAAGAAACACAGCGAACACGACUGUAUCUUUCUUCUGUUACUGUCUAUUAUGAAUUAACUAUAUCUAAGAACACAUUUUAUAAGAUAGAUGAAAAAGUUCUAAUGGGGCGAGAAGCUUCGCGAAAUAAACACAGGAAAAUACGUGCCUUCCGUCUUGUACAUGUAUGCACUUGUAUUAAAUCGAAUUAUGCCUUGUUAAUCAAAGCACUGUUUAAUUACAAGCAUUAAUAAAUAAAGAUAAUAUAUAAAUGUCUGACGUGAUAUAUAUACAACAUGUGUAUAUGACGCAAUAAAUCUCAAAUGUUCGAAUUAUUA